CUAUAGUGGGUUUCUGCUAGAAACCUCAGGGUGGCAAGGCUGUGUGGGCGGAGCCUGCAGGGGGCGGGGCUCUGGGGCGGAGCGAGCUCCGCUCCUCAGGCAGGCUCCGCUCCAGACUGUAGUUUAAAAGGCUGGAAGGCGGGCUUCAAGAACUAGCUAGUAUCCUGAGAGUGCCAGAGAAAACCCGUUUGGCACAGCCAUGACCCGACAAGCAGGGAGCACUUGGCUGCUCCGUGGUCUCCUGCUCUUUGCCUUGUUCGUUUCCGGCAUCACCCCCUUCACCUGGGAUCUCCCGGAGCCCCGCAGCCGAGCAAGCAAGAUUCGAGUGCACCCUCGGGGCAACCUCUGGGCGACUGGUCACUUCAUGGGCAAGAAGAGUCUGGAACCCCCGAGCCUGUCACUGGUGGGUACGGCACCCCCUAUCACCCAGAGGGAGCAGAGACUACAGCUGAGUCAUGAUCUGCUCAGGAUCCUCCUGCUACAGAAAGCUCUAGGCAUGAACCUCAGUGGUCCAGCUCCCCCAAUCCAGGAGGCUGCUGCAGAAGUGACGCCAAUAACGGAACAAACCCGGCACUGGGCGUAGCAUGCGUCCAUCCAGGGAAACUGAGGAAUGGAACCCUAGCAGUGGCCUCCUCUGGAUGUGAAACCUAAGCUCAAAUGUGUGACUCUGUUACUGUGAUUUCUGGUUGGGUCACCAGGAAUGUUGACGAUGCAGACACAGUCUUUCCUGCUGUAUUUCUUGCUUCCCUGGUGAAGUUGUGAAUAAAAAUACUGCUCUUUACGAA